AUGGGGAAGCACGGCAAAAAGCAAACCAUCAACCACCGCAGAGGGAAAAGAACCUCGUACACUGUUCAAGACGACGGCGACGAACUAGGACUUCAUGAGUAUUCGUUAAGCCCACAGCCAUCUUCUUCUCGUGAAGCUGCUUCCUCUGACUCCGACCAAGAAUCGCAGGACGAAAACGAGGAAUCGCAGGACAAAGCUGAGGAUGCUAAAGGAACUGAUGAUGGCGUCCCCUCAAAAUACUCUCUGUAUCAACAGUCGGUGCAGUCUCCAAAAGGGGAUAUAAGCUAUCUUCAGAAGUUCUUUUUGAUGUACGUUGGUGGGAGGGCACCACUCCAUCUCCAGGAAGAUUUUUGCGGCACUGCUCUUUUGAGUGUGGAGUGGCUUCAUGGUGAUGCUAGAAGAACUGCCAUAGGCCUAGACUUAGAUGUGGAGGCACUAAACUGGUGUUUGACAAAUAAUGUCAACAGAAUUGGAGCUGAUGUCAGCUCAAGACUAUCACUUCUUCACGGGAAUGUCCUGCAACCUCAUGAAUCUAAAUUAGUUAAUGUUAAUCCUCUUGCGAUCAUGAAAAACUUGACAUUGAAAGACAACGAAGAUGGUUCGGUUCAUGAUGGUAAAUACUUUAAGGACAUGCAAUUGCCUACGAGGGAUAUAGUUUGUGCUUUCAACUACAGCUGCUGUUGUUUGCAUAACCGUAAGGAGCUGAUUUUGUACUUCAAGCAUGUACUUAAUGCGCUUAGUAAAAAAGGCGGUAUUUUUGUGAUGGAUUUGUAUGGAGGUUCAUCCUCGGAGGGUGUGCUGAGACUGCAGAGGAGAUUUCCCAAUUUUACGUAUAUUUGGGAGCAAGGUGAAUUUGACAUCAUUCAAAGGAAAACAAGAAUAAGUCUCCACUUCAAUCUGCAAAAGCAGCAUAGAAAGAUUCGGCAUGCGUUUAGUUACAGCUGGAGACUGUGGUCUUUGCCUGAAAUUAAGGAUUGCUUGGAGGAGGCUGGAUUCAGCUCUGUCCACUUUUGGAUACGAAAAAUGCCCGACAGCGAAGAAAUGAGGUGCACGGAUGGAUUAUCUGUCGGGCAAGACGUGAAAUAUGAAGAGGCUACGAGCUUCCAGCAGCAGGAUUCUUGGAAUGCAUACAUUGUAGGCGUUGCAUAG